AUGUCAUACAAAUUGACCGCCCAGGCUGUUAUCGACCGCCAUGCGUCGACAAUCAAAGAGCACAAGCCGAUUCCUACCUUUGCCGAAAUGCAAGAGCAGAAGAUUGAGCUUCCGCACAUCUUGAUCAUCAGUUGCGCUGAUCCACGAUGCAUUCCGGAGAACAUCUUCAACUUGAAGACAGGAGAAGUGGUUACCUGCCGAGUUGCUGGCGGAAAUGCCCAACUCGCCCUCAAUUCCCUCCUCUCGAUUGAUACUCUUCUGAACUUUUCCGAUGUCAUCAUUGUCCAGCAUACCAACUGUGGAGCGACAAUGUUCAGAGACAACGUGGUCAAGGGGGAGUUGAGAAAACGGGCCCCGAAUCUGGAGGAAGAAAUCAACAGCAUGGAAUUUUAUGAGAUCACGGGUUCUCUCCAAGAUAAUGUGAAGAAGAGCAUGACGUUCUUGAAAGAAUCUCCUUAUGUUCCAGAGUCAUUGAAAUCCAAUAUUCGGGGAUUUGUCUUCCACCUUGACAACGGAGAGCUCGAGGAAGUCACCUUGUAA